ACUAGCAGUGCAGUCAGUGAGCCUCCGGACUCGCCUACGCCGCUCAGAGAUGGCGUCCCUUCUGCAGCCAGAUAGAGUUGUCUAUCUGGUCCGUGGAGAAAAAAAGAUCAGAGCCCCUUUAUCUCAACUUUAUUUCUGUCGCUACUGCAGCGAGCUGCGGUCUCUAGAAUGUGUGUCUCACGAGGUGGACUCCCACUAUUGUCCAAGCUGUCUGGAGAACAUGCCGUCUGCAGAGGCUAAGCUUAAAAAGAACAGAUGUGCAAAUUGUUUUGACUGCCCGUGUUGCAUGCACACACUGUCCACUCGAGCCACCAACAUCCCGGCUCCUCUGCCUGAUGAUCCCACCAAGACAGCCAUGAAGAAGGCCUACUACCUGGCUUGCGGCUUCUGUCGCUGGACCUCCAGGGACGUGGGAAUGGCUGACAAAUCAGUUGCCAGCGGUGGAUGGCAGGAGCCAGAGAACCCUCAUACUCAGCGGAUCAACAAGCUGAUCGAGUAUUACCAGCAGCUGGCCCACAGAGAGAAGCAGGAGAGAGACAGGAAGAAGCUGGCCAGGAGACGACAGUGCAUGCCUCUGGCGUUCUCGCAACACACUAUUCAUGUGGUGGAAAAAUAUGGCCUUGGAACCAGACUGCAGAGGCAGAGGUCUGGAGCUCCCAUAUCAAGCCUGUCUGGCCUUUCUCUUAAAGAGGGUGAGGACCAGAAGGAGAUCACCAUCGAACCUGCUCAGGCUCUUGAUGAAGUGGAACCCCUGCCUGAAGAUUGUUAUACCAGGCCAAUCAGCUUACCGGAGGUGACCACACUGCGUCAGAGACUUCUGCAGCCCGACUUCCAGCCUGCAGGGGCGUCUCAGCUUCACCCCAGACACAAACACCUUCUGAUGAAGCGCUCACUGCGCUGCAGGAAAUGUGAGCACAACUUGAGCAAACCAGAGUUUAAUCCGACUUCAAUCAAGUUUAAAAUUCAGCUGGUGGCUGUGAGUUACAUCCCUGAAGUGAGAAUUAUGUCCAUUCCAAAUCUCCGGACUAUGAAGGAGAGCCAAGUGCUGCUGACCCUGACCAACCCAGUGGAGAACAUCACCCACGUCACAUUGGCUGCUUAUGAGGAGGAAGAUCCUGAUGACGUCAACAGCACUGCUAAGGUUAUAGUCCCUAGCAAAGAACUGGUCUUGGCAGGAAAGGACGCUGCUGCUGAGUACGAUGAACUGGCUGAACCUCAGGACUUCCAGGAUGACCCAGAUGUCGUUGCCUUCAGGAAAUCCAACAAGAUUGGUUUCUUCAUCAAAGUGAUCCCUCAGAAAGAAGAGGAUGUGGACGUCACUGUUUCAUUUAAGAUCCGACAUGACUUCCGCAACCUCGCAGCUCCCGUCAGGCAGAGCGAGGAGGGAGCCGACACCACCGCUGAGCCCAUUUGGCUCACACAUCAUGUAGAGCUGAGGCUGGGCCCACUGGCUCCCUGAACACAAAUACUAUGUUUACUAUCAAACAGUCCUAGUGUUAGGUUCUUUGAACUAACAACUGUAAACUUACACAUUCAAUUUAAAAAUGAUUUCUGAUUCUGCUUAUUGAUGCGUAAGAACUGCGAUCUGCUUGGCACACAGUUAUUUCAGAGUUUUAGUUUAAGUUGCAUCAUCCGAUACAUUGUAAAACAUACAGUGAUUGCAUGAUAGCCCCGAUUAUAAAACUACAGGAAACCAUGACUGACUGCAGACUGAUGAGCAAAUCAAGUUUAAAUUCACUUACUGAUUUUUGUUUUUGUUUUGUCUUUGCCACAAACAUGCUGAAAAUAUAUUGUAUUUUGCCACAUUAUUGUUAUCCUCAAUUUAAAAACUAUACCAUCUCUCAGUAAAAAAGCACUUUUAGUGUGAGGUUACUCAGAGCAAACAGAACCUUAUAUGAACAUAAAAUUGCAAAUUGAACAUGUUAAGCUUUGUUUGAAAAUCAAACUUAUUCAGGGUUCCCACUGAAAUUCCUGGAAAAGUUUAUAAAUGAGAAAAACUUUGUCCAGGCCUGGAAAUGGUUUGGAAAUAACAGCAAAUAAGUAUUUGAAAUAAACUCAUAAAAAUCCAAAAACACAUACAAACUUGCAAGAUUAUAAUCCAAACACGUUUAAUGCAUUGAAAUAUACCAGUUCUUUGGUUUUUUAUCGCCCAAGAAAUGGACGCCACCUUGACAUUUUGUGCCCUACCCGCAUGUGCACCUCUGGUGUACAUGCAGACAGUUGGUGGCAGGAAUGUCAGAUGAGCAAGAAAAGUGCUUAUCCACAAAUGCCCGGGAAGUUGGUUUUCAAUAAUAUAUGGCUGUAUCACUAUAACACCCUCAUUUUAAACUACUUUACCAAAGUCAUAGGAAGAGGGGGACAUAUUAUGGAAGAAUUAUGGAAAAUUCAUCUUUAAAAAUGUGUGGGAACCCUGUUAUUUGCUGGAAUAUGAAAAUGGAUUUGUCAUUCUGGUACGUACAGUAUUUUCCUAAAUGGCAAAGCAACUACAAAGUAUGUUUUGUCUUGCUCAGUGUAUUAGCUGUGGGGUUUUUUGUGUGGAAUAUUUGUCAUUAGUGUAUGUAGAAAAUAAUUUAUUUUCAAAAAUGAGCGAGUGGUUAUACAUUAAUAUAACAACGAGAUUAUAUAUGGAGAAUAAGUGAGCAGAAUCAGAAAUCAUAAUUGAGAACGAUCCGAACAAUCCCUAACCGUGCAGCACACGCCUCUGCGCUUCUAGCUUAUGUAUCCUCAUCAUCGUCCUUUUCUGCAGACUGUAAUAUUGUAUUAACUCGCAUGCUUCAGCUGUAGUAAAUAUUGCACACAUUAGACAAUGUCAUCACAGUUACUGAUCCUGUACCUUAUCAGAAAGGUUCUUCUUGGGUUAGAGAUGAUACCAGCCCAUAAUUCUAUCAUCUGAAGUCGAACAGUAACCUUCACUGGCACUAUGGAGAGGACGUAUCAGAAGCUCUGUAAAUUUACAUUAAGUGUUCAUUAUUUAAGUGUACUAAGACACUAUAAUUUUUUUCUGAUUCAAAAAAAAGUAUCUUCCUGGUUUGUAGAAUCACUGAACUCUGUCAGUGUAUAUCGUAAGCUGCUGUGAUUUUUGGUCUCAAGUGUGUUAGAGAAACAGCCUUACAACACAGUUAAUCUUCUGUACCGGCUAAUAAAAUAAUGUGACACUGUA